AUGUUUGCUCGUCGCAAUUUACGUCGUAAUCUUGUGAUCACUUUUUCCUUACCUAUCGUUUUAUUAACCUUAUUUAUUAUACAUAAGAAUCGUGAUAAUAUAUUUUCUGAACACUCAUCACAUCAAUAUCAUGGACAUAUAUCUCAUUUCUCACAAGAUAUCAAUCAAAUAUAUACUGUUCGAUCAAAACGUUCGACAAGUCAAAUUAGAUCAUCAACUAUUCAUAUCGAUGAACAAUUGCAAAAUCAAAAUUCAAGAAUAGCCAAUCCUUAUACAAUAUCACUUGUAAAUGUUUUAAAUAAUCAUAAACAAUUACAAGAUUUUAAUCCUAUUCAGCAGAUUUCAUAUCCUGUUAUUAAUACAAAAAAUCUUGAACGUUUAGUUCAUCUUGAUUUAAAAGGUGCUGCACCAAAAAUUGAUUAUUAUGAAAAAUUAUUUCCAUUUUUAAAACAACUUGGUGCUACUGGUUUACUUAUUGAAUAUGAAGAUAUGUUUCCAUUUACUAAUCGUUUAGCCGUAAUCAAACAUGGUAUUGCUUAUUCACAUAAUGAUAUUCAAAAAAUCUUACAAUUAGCAGAAAUGAAUGGUUUAAAAGUUAUGCCAUUACUUCAAGUUUAUGGUCAUCUUGAAUAUGUACUUAAACUAAAAGAAUUUAUACAUCUACGUGAAGAUAUACGAUACCCACAAGUUAUUACACCAUGUCUUGAAGAAAGUUAUAGACUAAUAUUUGGUAUGUUAAAUUAA